AUGAUAUUCUGCACCACAAACAUGCGAUUCUGCAUCUUCUACUUUGUCUGGGGACUCAUGGCCUCUUCCGUUAUAGUCUCAAUUUUCACCACUGGAAUCUUCCCUAUAGUUGAAGGUGAUUGCUAGCUGUGCUAAUCAUUUUCAUCGAUCCUAUAAUUUCAGAUUCGAUGAUCCUGUACAAAACCCCAAUUAGCGGGCCUUCUUUCGACUGUGUAAUCAACGAAACCACAUUGGGAAGCGAGUUCCAGAAAGCCGACAACUUCUACACCUACCCCAUUGCGGUCCCCGCGUUUAUCGUCAACUUCAUGCUUCUGUUCAGAAUUUUUGGAUCCAGGUUGGUCAUUAAUCGAGACCGUUUCCUAUUCUCUUUUUAGGUUCAUCAACUGGCACAUGUCAACGUUCGCGUUCUUCUGUAUCUUUGUUUACCCGCUCCGGUUUGCCUUCCUAGGCAUGCAAACUUUUGAGUUCACCAAAAUUGGCGGCGGUAAGGCACUCACUAUUUCAUAUAUUUUUUAUGCUUUGCAAAUGCAAUCUCUUCAGACUACUACUUCCUGCUCCUUCUCGAUCCGGCCCUCUACAACUGCAACCUGUUCUCCGGAUUCGUCGACGCCGUUUUCUUCAUGCACAUCCGCUUCUUCCUGCUUGCCGUAGACUACUUCUCCUUCCACAUGAUGAUUCUCACGGUGCCGCUCUUCUACGUGAGCGACAAGAUUGACGGCAAAAUGAUCCGCUACGGAGAGUGCAGCAAGAUGGACGGAUACUCGCAGAAAGUCGCGCAUCUUCUUUACUCUAAGGUCUAA